CCUUCUAAGUUCAGUCAGAAACAGCUCUGACAUGAGAGCUGGCUCCCUCCUUGUGGCCAGGGCAGCAAGCCUCAGCCUUACCUUCUUGAUUCUGUUUUCCUUCUGGCUAGACAGAGGUGUGGUAGCCAAGGAACUGAAGUUUGUGACAUUGGUUUUUCGGCAUGGAGACCGAAGUCCAAUUGAAACCUUUCCCAAUGAUCCCAUUAAGGAAUCCUCAUGGCCACAAGGAUUUGGCCAGCUCACCCAGCUUGGCAUGGAACAGCAUUAUGAACUGGGAGAAUAUAUAAGGAAAAGAUAUGAACAGUUCUUGAAUGAGUCUUAUAAAUGUGAACAGGUUUAUGUUCGAAGCACAGACAUUGACCGGACUUUGAUGAGUGCUAUGACAAACCUUGCAGCCCUGUUUCCCCCAGAGGGUACCAGCAUCUGGAAUCCGAGACUACCCUGGCAGCCAAUCCCGGUGCACACAGUGCCUGUUUCUGAAGAUCAGUUGCUGUAUAUGCCGUUCCGGCACUGCCCUCGUUUUCAAGAACUUCAGGAUGAGACUUUAAAAUCAAAGGAAUUCCAGACGAGGUUGCAUCCUUAUAAGGAUUUCAUUGAAAUCUUGCCAAAACUUUCAGGUUACCACGGCCAGGAUCUUUUUGGAAUUUGGAGUAAAGUCUACGACCCUCUAUUUUGUGAGGGUGUUCACAAUUUCACUUUACCAUCCUGGGCCACUGAGGACACCAUGGCUAAGUUGAGAGAAUUGUCAGAAUUGUCCAUGCUGUCCCUCUACGGAAUUCACAAGCAGAAAGAGAAAUCUAGACUCCAGGGGGGUGUCCUCAUCAAUGAAAUCCUCAAUCACAUGAAGAAUGCAGCUAAGGCAUUGAGCCCAAAAAAACUUGUCAUGUAUUCUGCACAUGACACGACUGUGAGUGGCCUACAGAUGGCGCUAGAUGUUUACAACGGGCUCCUUCCUCCCUAUGCUUCCUGCCACUUCAUGGAACUGUACCUGGAAAAGGGAGAGUACUUCCUUGAGAUGUUCUAUCGGAAUGAAACGCACAAUGAACCUCAUCCUCUCACACUGCCGGGUUGCACCCAUAGUUGUCCUCUGAUGAAGUUUAUGGAGCUGGUUGACCCUGUGAUCCCUCAGGACUGGUCCGCGGAGUGUAGGAUCACUAGCGACCACCAAGUGCUAAGGGUGGUACUUGCCAUUGCCUUUUGCCUGGUGUCUGGUGUCCUAGUUGUGUUGAUGUAUGGCCUCAUCCGCCAUGGGCCUUGUUGGAAGAGAGACUCCUAUCGGAACGUCUGA